ACGUUUCAUUUUUCUGCAUGUUAAAAAUAAAUGUUAAUUUGAGAUAUCGUCUUUUAUACUACCUACAUUUUAACACUUAAAAUAAUAAAAAAAUUAUUUAAAGUAUGUCUAAUAAUCCAGUUAUUGAUUUAUUUGACGAUCCAAGUAAAAAGUUUGUUAAAAUAUGUGCUCCAAUGGUCCGUUAUAGCAAACUACAAUUCCGGAAGUUGAUUCGUAUGUAUGAAUGUGAUUUAUGUUUCACACCAAUGAUAAUGGCUGACUCUUAUGUUAAGUCAGCUAAGGCUAGGGCACAUGAAUUCCAAACUGAUGCAGAUGAUAGACCACUUAUUGUACAAUUUGGUGCUAAUAAUUCAUCAGAUUUUGUUAAUGCUUCUAAUUUGAUUAUUCCAUAUUGUGAUGGAAUUGAUUUAAAUUGUGGCUGUCCACAAAGAUGGGCUUUAAAUGAUGGAUAUGGAGCACAGUUACUGAAAAAUCCAGAAAUUAUCAAAGAUUGUGUACGUCAAUUACGUAAUCAUUUACCCGCUAACAAGACUAUAUCAGUUAAAUUAAGAUUACUCGAUAAUCAUAGAAAGAGUGUAGAUCUUUGUCAACAAAUUGAAGCCACUGGAGUGUCUUUUAUCACAGUCCAUGGGCGAACAGUUCUUCAAAAAAAUGAAGCUAUUGAUCAAGAAUGCUUGAAACUUAUAAAUGAAUCUGUUAGUGUUCCAGUAGUUUUAAAUGGUGAUAUAAAAAAUUUAUCAGAUGCUAUCACAAUGCAAAAAUAUACUGGUUGUAGAGGAAUGAUGAGUGCAAGAGGUAUAUUACACAAUCCUGGCUUAUUUGCUGGCUAUCAGAGUACGCCACUCUCGGCUGUUCAAGAUUGGCUAAAUAUUAACCAUACAAAUUACUUGUGGUUUCAUCAUCAUUUAGUAUUUAUGUGUGAAAAUCUACUAACUAAAACUGCAAGAAAUACUUUCAAUCAAUUACGUAAAGCAUCAGAUGUAAUAUCAUUUUUAGAAAACCAAUUGGAUAUACCAAAUGUACUCCCUAGUAAUCGAAUAUUAGGAAAGGAACCUGGUGGAACUAGUGGUGCAUAUUAUGAAAAUGUAAGUAUUAAAGAAACAGUUUCUUCUCCACCUGAAGAUAUUAUGGACAGCAUAAUCAAUUUAUUUGAUUGAAUAGAUACCAAUUGUAUAAACAUUAUUAGACAGUUAUUAAAUUAAAGAAAAUAUAAAUUUUGAAUAUAUUUCAAUAUUUGUAUUAUAUUGUAUGUUUAUUUUGUU